CAAUGCUACAGAAGGAAGAAAGAGGUGGGUUUUACUUGGUGUGACUGGUAAAUCUUAAUGUGUUGAUCUCAGAUGACCAAGAUUUAAAAUGGAGGAAUCAUCUUUACCGUGGCUGCUAAUUCUGACCUCACUGCUGAGCUGCACAACAAACCAAGCCUCUCUGACUGUGAGUCCCAGCAGCUCUCAGCUGUUUAGAGGAGAGUCUUUCUCUUUGAGCUGUGAGGAGGACGACAGCUCUGCUGGAUGGACGCUGAGGAGGAACACAACCAGAGAAAACAGGACUCAGUGUGACGACUGGGGAAGAUCAGCUGGUUCUUCCUGUUACAUGAGCUACAUCACCACAUGGGACAGUGGAGUUUACUGGUGUGAGUCCAGAGAGGGAGCAACCAGUAACACCAUCAACAUCACUGUCACUGGUGGACCAGUGAUCCUGCAGAGUCCUGUCCUCCCUGUGAUGGAGGGACAUGAUGUCACUCUGCACUGUAAAACAAAGACCCCUACCUCCAACCUCCCAGCUGGUUUCUAUAAAGAUGGCUCCCUCAUCAGGACUGAGCCUACAGGUCACAUGACCAUCCACCAUGUUAACAAGUCUGAUGAAGGCCUCUACAAGUGUAACAUCAGCGGUCAUGGAGAGUCUCCAUCCAGCUGGAUCUCUGUCACAGGUGUGAGUCAGACCUUAGGCCCCAGCUCGAGCGCUCUGCUCAACUACCUCUGCUGGCUGGCUAGUACCACUAUUGCUCAGAGCAGGCAGACAACUCAUCUCUGUUCUGCGCCGCAGUGGUAG